AUGAUGGCAACACGCAGGUUUUGGAUAUUUUUUGGAGUCGUCACUGUUCUCGGGACUUUAAUGGUUCGGGUGCAGUGUAAUGAGGAGUCCAAGCUGAUCAGCGACUUGUUCCAAGGCUACAACAAGAAUAUCCGCCCAGUGGUUCAUCCUGAAGACAAGCUGGAGAUUCAGAUCAAGCUGACCCUCACUAACCUCAUCUCCCUGAAUGAAAAGGAGGAGACGCUUACGACUAAUGUGUGGAUUGAGAUUCAAUGGACUGAUUAUCGCUUUACCUGGAACGAAUCUCACUAUUAUGGCAUUGAUGUUAUUCGUGUCCCGUGCAAAACUGUCUGGCUCCCUGACAUUGUCCUGGAGAACAACAUUGAUGGCAAGUUUGAUGUGGCUUACUACGCCAAUGUGUUGAUCGGGAGCAAUGGUUGGAUGUACUGGCUGCCUCCUGCUAUCUAUCGCAGCACGUGUGCCAUUGAGAUCACCUACUUCCCAUUUGAUUAUCAAAACUGCACGCUAGCAUUCAGAUCCCAAACGUACAGUGCCAAUGAAGUCGACCUCAUCUUGGCUGUCGGAGAUACAGGUGAAACUAUUGAGUGGGUGGACAUCGACCCCGAGGCUUUCACAGAGAAUGGCGAGUGGGCCAUCGUCCAUCGUCCAGGCAGGAAGAUGAUCAACACACGGUACACCAAAGAUGACCUAGAGUAUCAGGAGAUCUUGUUCAAUCUGGUCAUCCAAAGAAAGCCCCUCUUCUACGUCAUCAACAUCAUCCUGCCCUGCUCCCUCAUCUCCUCAUUGGUGGUGCUGGCCUACUUCCUACCUGCACAAGCCGGGGGACAAAAGUUGACCGUGUCCAUCUCUGUCUUGCUGGCUCAGACUGUCUUCCUCUUUCUUAUUGCCCAGAAGAUCCCUGAGACAUCGCUCUCAGUGCCUCUCAUCGGCAAGUACCUGAUCUUUGUAAUGUCUGUCACUACUCUCAUUGCCACGAAUCAAAUUGUGGUGCUGAACAUCUCCCUGCGUAACCCCAGCACUCACACCAUGUCGAAUACCAUCAAACAUGUGUUUCUGGAAAUGGUACCUCGCUUCCUGGGCAUGGCCCCACUGGUGGAUGACAGUGAGGUGACAACCGAGGUGAACGGAGUGAGGGAGCGGCGGCGCAGCUCCUUUGGCCUCAUGCAGAGAGCAGAGGAAUAUGUACUGAAGCAACCUCGCAGUGAAAUGAUGUUUGACAAACAAAGAGAGAGGCAUGGUCUCACACGAUCCAUUGUGGAUAAUAUGGAUGUCAGCAGCACCGCUAACCUGUAUAAGAGUUUGGCCCAAGCUGCACCCGAGAUCAAGCAAUGUGUGGAUGCCUGCAACUUCAUUGCUGAGAGUACGAGACAACAAAAUAACAUUGGAUCUGAAAUUGAAAGCUGGGUACUGAUUGGGAAGAUGAUCGACAAGGUGUGUUUCUGGGCUGCCAUUCUCCUCUUCAUCAUUGGCACAGUGUGGAUCUUCUUAACGGGACACUUCAAUCGGGCGCCGGAAUUUCCGUUUCCGGGACAGAGCAAAAAAUUUGUUCCGAGUUAA